CUCGACUCCGUGUGAUGGGAUUGUCUCAGAGAGCUUCCGCCUUCCACCUUCCAGAAGGCAGGCCGGCGUGGGGCGACAGGGCUGAGGGCGGAGGUGGCGGCUAAGGCCAAUCAGGGGAUGCCCGUAGGCGAUCACCUUUGUCGAGUGCUGUGCAUGCGGGACCGACCGGGGCUGAAAGAGGCGGCAUGUCUGGUAAUGUCUGCCUGCCUCGUGUGAAGCGUGAUCAGCGCAGCGUAGGCGUGGCGGUGGCAGAAGGACACGCAGUCUUAUCCUCAGCCGCCAGAAUCUGGUCCGAGAAAAGUGCCUGGAUGGAUGCUCUGUGCUUUGGUGUCCCGAGGUUUGAUAGGGAGCAUGGUGCACUCCCACGCGACGCCUGUCCUUUAUUACUUACUUAUCGCUGCCCGAUAACCCUGAGACCCCAACGUCGUCAUCCCUCCCUUAUCACCACUAUCACCACCGAGGUACUGCCAUUGUACUUACUUGUCCAACGUCCUCAAACAUACUCACUUCCUUUUCUUUCUCCAUCUCGUGUGCGACAGUGCGUCGGCGAUCUUCGGCACACGCAUACCCUGUAGUCUGAUGUUGCCCUUGCAGCACCAUCCAAUCGCCAACCAGCAAUAACGUAAAGAAAUCCGACGGCCGCACGUCACAUCCAG